UUCAGUGGAGCAAUUCAUCGAGCACCUUCCUCCUCCGAUCCACCGACGCUCCCAUUCCGAGAGAUGGACGAGGGACCUUCAGUGGCGGCUCUGAAGGCGGUGACGCUGACCCAUGUUCGCUACCGGCGGGGCGACUCCUUAGGGCACUUCCUGGCAUGGGUCUCCCUCAUCCCGGUCUUCAUCAGCCUCGGCGGCUUCGUCUCCCACUUCAUCUUCCGGCGGGAACUACAGGGCGUCUGUUUCGCCUUUGGCCUCAUCCUUUCCCAACUCCUCAACGAGCUCAUCAAGUCCUCCAUCCAGCAGUCGCGUCCCUCCGCGAUGUGCGCCAUCCUCGAGGUCUGCGACUCCCAUGGCUGGCCCUCCAGCCACUCCCAGUAUAUGUUCUUCUUUGCUUCCUACUUUACCCUCCUCUGCCUCCUCAAUGGCGCCGGCUUCUCCUCCCCUCGAUCCAGGCGUCUCCUCGCCCUCCUUCCCUGGCCGGCUGCCUUACUCACCCUCUACUCCCGUGUUUAUCUCGGCUAUCACACCAUUGCCCAGGUCAUCGCUGGAGCGACUCUUGGAUUGGCGCUUGGUGCCGGGUGGUUUUGGAUAGUGAACAAUAUGCUCGUGGAAUACUUUCCGGCAAUCGAAGAGAGCGCAGCUGGGAGGUUCCUUUACCUAAAGGACUCGUCGCACAUCCCGGACGUGCUACACUUUGAAUACAACAAUGUCAGGGCUGCCAGGAAGAAAUUGGCUAAAGAUUGAAAGCGAUUCUUCGUAAGUUAU